AUGGAAUGUUUAAUUUGUCGGGAGCCUAUACACGAACAUGACCAAAUGGUCGUCCAAAAUCCUCGACAAAAAGGCCUAGAAACAAUUAUAAAAAUCUCAGAAAAGAGACAAGAUGGCUUUAGCAAGCUAAUUUUAUUGGAAAAAGAUCACAUUUUAAGUGGAAAAAUUAAAGUGAAAUAUCACAAGGCUUGUAGACAAUCUUAUACGAGUGUACAAAAUGUGAGGACUCAAAAUAUCGAGGAACAGGACGAACAUUUCAAACUAUCCUCUCGAAGUAGCCAGGAAGGAUUUAAUAUACGAAUUAUGUGCUUGAUUUGUAAUAGAACAGGAAAAAAGGGAAAACAGCGUUUAACUUCCGUUCAGACAGGAACUGGAAAAAGUACCUUUAACAAAGUAAUGGAAGCUGCUAAAAAAAGGGACGAUAUAGAUAUGAUUUCAAAGUUGAGUUGCUAUGAAGAUCUUUUCGCAUAUGAUGCGAAAUAUCACAAUUGCGAGUAUAUAGCGAGUCGCAGUAUUAAAGCAACACAGAAUAAAAACAUUAAAAAUCCGGUAUCUUUAAAAAAUACUUCUGUUCUGAAUGAAGAAGUAGGAUCGAGCAGUUCUAGCGAUUCAUUUGAUCUAUUUACAAUUCCCACUGAAAGGAUCAAAAUUGUUGACGAUAGGAAACAAAAUUAUAUUCACGCCAGUAUAGACAAUUUUGACCUGAAUGAAGACACCAUUGAUGGGAAAAAUACUACACACUGCAUGGCUAUGGUAGCUUUUCAAAAUCAUGAUACAGAUCAAAGUUUUGUUUACGAAAACAUUCCCAGGGAAGGAGCAUACUCCCUAGGCAUGGAAGAACUUCAAACAUUCACACAGUCCAUAUUAAAAUAUCGAAAACCAAUGCAGCGUCCAGAACCUGCUCCUUUAAAAAAAAUUAUUUUAGACAUGAAAACUGAUAACAUUUCGAAGAAAAUCAAUACUACAUGGCGACUUCUCCGUAAUUUCGAAGAAGAUGCAAAAUUUCCUAAUUGGUCAGAAUAUAAUAACAUAAUUUCCGAAAACAAAAUACCUGUAUCUGAUAUUUUUUAUUUGCCUUUUAUUAAUAAUCCACCAACCGAAUUUGAUACUAUUUAUACCUCAAUGGUCAGAUUAGUAGAACUUGCAAAUGCAAUAAAGCAAAACCAUAUUAUAAUUACAGCAGAUUUGGCAAUAUAUUCAAAAGCUCAAGAAAUCCUAUGGAAUAAUCCUGAACCUCAAGAUAAAGUUACAUUAAUGCUCGGAGGAAUGCACCUUAACAUGGCUUUUAUUGCCAGUAUUGGAUAUAUUUUCAGCGAUGGAGGUCUGUGUGCAAUUUUAACAGAAACGGAUACAUAUGCUGAAAAUACUUGCAAAAUGAUGCUGGAAGGAAAGCAAUACUCCAGAGCCAUUAGAGGAUUAACCUUGGUUGGAGAUGCACUUUCUAGACUAUUUUUUCAAUCGGUUCUUAAUUGGUGUGAAUCACAAGAAAAUUUAACCUUUCUCACACCUGAGUUGAAGGCCAAUCUACAAAGUUCCAUUUCAAACUCUUACAAAACAGCCGUAAAAGAAGAAAGGGCCCUUUUGGCUAAAAACGAGCAAGACGUGUUAAAAAUAAUUAGAUGUAUUGAAACAGACUGGUGUAAUCCAUUUAAUUUGAAAUCUGUACCAAGUGAAUUAAUAAAUAUAUGUACUGGUAAAAUCCUAGAUGGCGGAACAGAAAAAAAUUUGGUAAAUUUUCUCAAAUCUUCACAAGAAAGUUUCAAAUUUGUUAAAUAA